CUGACCGGGUGCUGGAGGCACCGUGCACAGAAAGGCGCAGAGAGAGUCUGACCGGGUGCUGGAGGCACCGUGCACAGAAAGUCUGACCGGGUGCUGGAGGCACGUGCACAGAAAGGCGCACAGAGAGUCUGGCCGGGUGCUGGAGGCACCGUGCACAGAAAGGCGCAGAGAGAGUCUGACCGGGUGCUGGAGGCACCGUGCACAGAAAGGCGCAGAGAGAGUCUGACCGGGUGCUGGAGGCACCGUGCACAGAAAGGCGCAGAGAACAUUGGUGCUUCCCGGACUCCCGCGAUCCGCUGCUGUGGUCGGGGAGUCCAUAGAGGUCUCCCCCGGACUGUGCUACACUCUAUGGAUUAUAGUGGGCUUCUGUGAUCCCACCUGGGGCAGAGAUGGAGACUGAGGAGGAGUGGAAGCUUACCGUCUGGCUCUGUGAAGAGGAGAAGCUGGUCUCUGGACUCACCAGGCGCACAACCUGCUCAGAUGUGGUCAAGGUCCUGCUGGAGGACCAUAAUCAGAGGCAGUCUGCUGAGGGCUCCAUGAUGCUGGGACCACCCCAGGCUUACUGCAUCGUGGAGAAGUGGAGGGGCUUUGAGAGGAUCCUUCCAAACAAGACCAAGAUAUUGAGACUUUGGACAGCUUGGGGUGAGGAGCAGGAGAAUGUGAGGUUUGUGCUGGUCAGGAAUGAGGCUUCUCUGCCCAAUAUCGGACCCAGAAGUGCUGAAGCUAAAGUGGUUCUUAGCAGGGAAAGCCCAUGCACCUUCAAGGGGGCCACCAAAGCCACCAUGGUCCUCACCCAAGAGAAACAACGCAGGGUGGUGAGGAAGGCUUUCAGAAAGCUGGCCAAGAUGAACAAGAGGAGGCAGGAGAAUUUGUCCAGAGAGUCCACUGCAGUGGAGAAGAUGGAAACCCUGGUCCAUCUAGUUCUGUCCCAGGAUCACACCAUCAGACAGCAGGUGCAGAGGAUUAAGGAUCUGGACAAGGACAUAGAGAGGUAUGAGGCGAAAAUUCACUUUGACAGGAUGAAAAGACAUGGUGUUAAUUAUGUCCAAGACACCUAUCUGGUUGGAGUGGUUCCUGAUAAGAGUUGUGACACUAACGCAGAAGACAAAUCUUCUGAAGAUGAACUAUUAGUAGACUUUGAGGACUAUGCUCGGAAAUGUGAGGGGAUCUUAUUGCUGCAAGACCAAAUAACCCAACAGGAGGCUCUGAUUGAGCAAAUUACUGGCCAGAUCCAAGAGGAACUUAAUAAAAGGUGGAUGGAUAGGCGUCAGGAGGAGCUGUCCUCAAAGGACCAAGACCCUGCCUCAACUAUUGUAGAUGAGGGGGAAUGUGAAAACGAAUUGCUCCUUGAGCAAGAAAGGGUUAAAACUGAGCUCAGUGCCAGUCUCUAUAUAGGACUGAGGUUGAACACAGACCUGGAGGCUAUCAAGGCGGGUAUGGAUUACUCCCAACAAGUAUGGAAUGAAAAGGAGCAAGAAUUGCAGAGUCUCUUGGACAACCUUGGUGCCUUAGAACUGUCUGAGGAGCAGGACACUUGUGAGGAGCUCAGGCCUGGCUGCUCACAGGUUGUAGAGAGGACAUGUACUGAGGGCUCAGGGGUUUGGGUUGAAAAGGAUGUGGGCGGCUGCAGCAACUGUGAAGGGAAUGAUGAGGAUUCGGACACAGGCUUAAGCUCCAUGCACAGUCAGGACUCUGACUCCACACCGGUCUGUGAGUCCUUGGUAUAGCUGACCAGAUGUCCCUGCUCUUUAUCUACAGAUCGUUAUCACUAAGUGAACCUUCCAAUAUUUAUCCCUUUUCUAUUUGCACAUCAGAGGCCACCACAUCCUAUAGGCCCUGGCACUCUCUCCUCUUGGAUUGUAUUAGGUUUAUUGUAAAGGGUCGGACAUUAUCUUUGUUGCACAAGCCUCGUGAAAUACAGGACUGGCCCCGACAGGCCUAGAAGAAGAAAAAAAAACAUAGUAUUCUCUGUAAAAUUAUUUUUUUAAAUAAAUAUUUGCAAA